AUGGAUGACAAAUGGAGACUUCCUUCAGGCAGAUUUGUAGAAGAUGUCUUGUAUAAUUGGGCAGUGACUCAACGUUCCGAAACACUUGCGCAUUCUUUUAUACUUGAUACAGACUGUCAAGAGGUUAUAGAUCUUUUUAGUUUAGAAGAAAAAGAAAUAAUUAUGAAUACCGAUAAAAAAUCUUUUUCAGAUGUUAAAGAUGGUGUUAAAAAAUAUAUCAUGAAAUAUCAUAAGAUAUUAAAGAAACAAGAAUUGGAAAAUGGUAGUUCGUCUGCAUCAAAAAUUCGAAAAAAUAAGAAAAGAAAAAUCGGAGAAACUGUUAUUCGUGGUAGAAAAAUCGAUCUAUUGCUAAAACUCUGUAAUAGUUCAAAGGAAAUAUUAGCUGAAGAAGUAGCAAGAACAGGAGAUAUUCAUGAUACAAAGUACUUAGAGGACAGAAUGAAGCUAUUAAAACUUACAAAAGAUAUGCUCGAUUUAAUUAUUGAGUCACUUCCACCAACAACAAUUGAAAAUUACAGGAGUCUGUGUAUGUUCGGGAUACAACUUUUCAGUAAGUAUUAUUUAUAUGAUGGAUCACCUAGAGUAGUUGUCUCGCGAUUGACUAAAAAAGCCAAUUUAGAAGCACCAAUAUACAUUGAAGGUCUCUGUGAUUUAAUUUUAUCAAUAAUUACAGUUUUAGAAUUAAAGAACGCAAUUCGAGAAAUCCUCAAAAUAAUAGAAAAAAUAGAAAGUGAUGAAUUAGAAACUCAAGUUUUUAGGAAAAACAUUAUAGGAGUUCGAUUACCAUUUGCAGAAACAACACCAACUCCUAGGCUUUCUCUUAAAACAAAUAAGUAA